AUGGCCAUUUUGCUCAAGGAUAGUGGAAACGGAGGUGAAGAGAUCUCCAGCGAUGGGUCAGUAUUAGAUCUAGAGGAACAGGAGAAGCCCAUCUCAGAGGCAUUGUCCGAUCCGCCAGGUUGGACUACUCGAAAGAAGCACUUUGUGGUCUUCGUCGGACUCCUCACGCUCUUCAAUAGCGUCUUCGACUCGACCAUCCCCAGUGGCGGAAUCCGCUUCAUUACCGCGAGCCUUGAUGUCCACGAUGAGAUCCAACAAGUGCUACCGACUUCGGUCUUUCUAGUCGGAUAUGUGAUGGGGCCGCUGGCCUUCGGGCCCAUGAGCGAAGUCUACGGUCGACGCAUCGUGAUAAUCGGAACCUUCAUCCUCUUCACCAUCUUCACCCUUGCCUGCGCCGUUGCUCCCAACUGGCCGGCCUUGAUCAUCUUCCGAACACUAUGCGGCAUCUUCGCAUCUUCCCCAAUUGCCGUGACGGGCGGUCUAUUCGCAGACGUAUACCGCUCCCCCAUUGCCCGCGGACGAACCAUGGCACUACUCACAGCCAUCACAACUGCCGGUCCACAGUUCGCCCCCGCAAUUGCCGGCUUCAUCGGAACGCUGGGCUGGAGAUGGAUCUUCUGGAUCUCUCUUAUCCUCGCCGGCACAACCCUGAUCCCCGUCCUAUUCCUCCCAGAAACACGCCAACUAACCCGCGAGCACAAGAACACGAAACCAACGAAGUCCACACGGGUCAAGGCCUUCACAAGACCAUUGUACAUGAUGCUCUGCGAACCGAUAAUCACCUUCACCUGCCUCUACCUUUCCUACGCAAGCGCCAUCUUCUUCAUGUACUUCGAAGCCUACCCCCUAAUCUUCCAAGGGAUAUACAACAUGACCGACGGAAUCGCAGGCCUCGCCUUCCUCCCAAUUGCCCUCGGUGCCCUCCUCGGCCUCCUCAUCUCCCUCUCCUACGAUACCUACCUCCAACGCGCCAAGUCACGCAACGCACCCUGGUCCACCGUCGAAGAAUACCAACGUCUGCCGCUAGCCUGUCUAGGCGGACUGCUCUACAUCCUUGCCCUCUUCUGGCUCGCCUGGACUGCCUCACCCUCGACCCAUUGGAUCGUGCCUAUGCUCGCCGGGAUAUCCUUCGGCACGGCGUACUUUCUUAUCUUCGUUGCGCUGAUGAAUUACAUGGUUGAUGCGUAUCAUGAGUACGCGGCGAGUGCGAUGGCGGCGGCGACGUGCUGUCGGAGUGUGUUUGGGGCAGCGUUGCCGGUGGCGGCGGGGCCGAUGUUUGGACGGUUGGGGAUUGCGUGGGGGUGUAGCCUUUUGGGAUUUUUAAGUGUGCCGAUGGCGGUUAUUCCGUUUGUUUUUGUGAGGUUUGGGGGGUGGAUGAGGGGAAGGAGUGCGUUUCGGGAGGGGGGUUUUUAG